UCUCUCCCUCCCUUACACUCUCUACCUCCCUUACACACACUCUCUCUCUCUCAAAGCCCAAGGUCAACAAGAAGAGGAACUUCUUUGCACUCUUUGAAACGUUCAUGGGGUAUCUGAGUCUUGUUGGUCAAAGAAGAAUGCACCGACCGUCAUUGUAUUGAGAGCUACCCUUCUAGCUUCUGCUUCUCUUCAGCCUGCAGCUUCCUCCUACUUUCCUCUUCUUCUUCACUAGAAUUUUCCAUCAGCAAUCUCAACCCUAGAAAAAAAAACCACAAAAAAUUGAGAAAAAACCCCACAAUAAUAAUAACAAAAGAAAGAGGAAAGUGCGAAAAGAAAAGUCUUAGCUUUAGAGUUUAGCCCCCAACACACCUGCUUUUUUUCUUCUUCCCUUAGAUCUCCAAGAUCUAGGAAUUUGAGGUAGUCAAAAACAAGAAGUGGGGUUUUGUUUUCCCUAAUUUUCCACUUUUAUUUUAUUUUUUAUUUAUCAUGAAUUUUGGAGCAGCAGCCGCAAGAGCUAGAGAUGCUGGGUUUUCUACUGAGGAUGACCAAAAUAUGGUGAAAGGUAAGCUUCCUUUCUCAUAUUCUUCCUCUCCCUCUUCAUCUUCAUCUUCUCCUCACUACAACAAAACCACCGGCGUAGCCACUCUGGUCCCUUCUUCCGCUGUCAGCAGAAGCCGCAGCUGGCACCACGGCAGCGGCAGCCCCGACACGAAGCUCGAGCUUAUGGACUCGACCCCCCAAGAAAACAACGAAGAUGGUGGUGCUCAAAGAGAAGAAAACCCAAUCCCCAUCGAGAGGGAGCACAUGUUCGACAAAGUCGUGACGCCGAGCGACGUAGGGAAGCUCAACCGCCUCGUCAUCCCGAAACAGCAUGCCGAGAAGUACUUCCCGUUGGAUUCUUCCAGCAACGAGAAAGGGCUUCUGCUGAAUUUCGAGGACCGGAACGGGAAGCCGUGGCGGUUUAGGUACUCCUACUGGAACAGCAGCCAGAGCUACGUGAUGACCAAAGGGUGGAGCAGGUUUGUGAAGGAGAAAAAGCUCGACGCCGGCGACAUAGUCUCGUUCCAGCGAGGACUUGGUGAGGUGGGGAAAGACCGUCUUUUUAUUGAUUGGCGGCGCCGCCCAGAUGCGCCUGAUCCAAACCAUCACCACCACCACCACCCGCUUCAUCCACAUUAUCAGCCCAAUUUUGCAAUUCCUCAUCAGCAUCAAUACUCCUGGAACCCUCACCGGUCGGUUCCAUGGAGUCCGUUGCUGAUGAGACCUCCCGGGGCAGUAGUGACUCAGGACCACUUGCUCUUGUCGCAGCAGCAGAUUAAUUACGGCGUCAAUAUGCAUCACCCAUAUCGAAAUACUGGGACAAGUGGUGGUGGUUCAGGUUCUUAUGGUUACGGAAAUGUGGUGAACUCUACUAGGCCGAUUUAUUAUUUGAGAUCAGCUUCAUCCGCUGCCCCGCCACAGUUUCACGAGCAAGGGGACAACGGAGUAAUAGAAUUUCAACAACACCAACAAGUACAGCUGGGUCGGGUUCAUGAGUCGAAUAUGGUUCUGGAGUCGGUGCCAGUGGUCCAUGGGAAGGCGGCAGCCAAGAAGCUGAGGCUAUUUGGAGUGAACAUGGAGUGUCCCAUAUCGGAGUCGGAUCAUGAAUGUGACAUAUUGUCUUCAACCACAUUAUCAUCAUCCCAGUAUCAUCAUCAUCAUGCCCAUCACCAACUUUCGCCGCCAUCGCAACCCCCACCGCUCCAAUUAAGGCUCUACGACGGCAUGCCUCUCCUCCACCAAACCAUGCCCCCUACCACCACUACUAGUAUCACCACCGACUUUCUCAACAUGAGUGGCAAGGCCUCCCCAUCUUCCAUGUCCUUGGACUAUGAUGUCUAGUUGACUACUCCAUCACAGUGCCAAUAAACAUCCAAGGUUGUCAAAAUUAAGGAGAGAAACGAGGAAUGCAGAAGGAGAAAAUGGGAUGAUGUGGCAAAUUGGCAAUUGAAUAAGAAGAAGUUGGGAGAGAACUGAUUUUUCAGAUCAAUUGAUAGUCAUCAGUACAGAAAAGGUUUGUUGUUCUUGUCGCUGCUUCGUUGGGCACACCAGUGCUCGCAGGUUUUCUCAGACAGACUUGCAGAGAUUAAAAGCAAUAAGGUAGCCAGCUCUGUUAUAUAUAUGUCCUUAAUUGAAAAUAUAUCUCUCUUUAUACAUCUUUAACUAUUUUCCCUCAUUAAUUCUUGCUACCUUCUUUUUCUGCACUAAAGUAAUUUAAUUUAUUGAUUUUCUUGUUGCCACCUUAAUUUUUUCUUUUCAUUUCACUGCAAAAUUAAAAUUAAAUUCUCCUACAAAUCAGUAUAGCUAAUGUAUUAUGGUGCACCUCUAGUACUACUAUUAUUGUUCUUAUGUCUGUGUUGCAUUUGGUUUUUACUUACAAGAAAAUUUUGAACUUUGCAUUUGAUCAACAAAAUGUAUAUUUGGUAGUACUGAACUUAAUUAAGGAUUAAACAGUACCUUUUUCAUGGUUUGAACUUUUUAUAUGGACCACAUUUUUUAACUUGUAACAACAACAACAGCAUGACAAUAAGAGUAGUAGAGAUGUAGCUAGAGUGCUAGCUGCAUGCUCUAUUGUAAUGUGAAUUUUAUAAAAUCAUAGUGUUGUGAAGACGAAAACAAUAUACUAGGGCGUCGUCUCUAUAAUUUUUAAUGUUUUUGAUCAUGGUUGAUAUUUCGGGAUGAUAUAUUUUAUAUUCAGUUUAAAGAUAUGGAUGAUAGAUACAUGUACAUAUACAUACAUAUACAGAUUCAUGAUCAGGUUCUUUUGCCACCUAAAAAAUCAUGUUUUUCAUCAUUUACCAUUGUGAUGUGGAUGAAAACUUUACAAUAGAAAGCUGAUCUAUUCUUGUUCUAUAGUUCAAAUAAUCUGUCACAAAAUUAAGGAUCAGUGAGUUGAAUGCAUUAGUUGGCAUAUAUGUGUAUUAGUUGAAUGCAUUAGUUGCAUGCAUGAAGUAAAAUGAGGAACAAAAUUAACGAGCAGUGAGCCUAACUUUAACUUAUUGCUAAGGCCUGAUAUUAUACAAAAUUUUCAACCAUCUUAGGAUUUCUCUGCGUGCGAAUUGAAAUCAUGAGCAUUAUACAUUCUCAUCAUAGCCUAGGGUUACACUCGCUUUGAACUUUCUCUUUUUUUUUUUUUCCCUUAAUUUUAUUUAGUUUAAUUAUUUUUAUGAGAGGAAAAAGAAUUAGCUCUUUCGAAGGGUUCAUGCUUGAGACAUGCAUAAAAAAGUAAUUCAUACAGAAUUUUAACAAAAUGAACAUGGUAAUAUACACAAAAUACUCUAAUGGUAAUAUAUAAAAACUUUAACAUUAUUAGGAAACAUCCCACAUCAGCCACUCAGUUGAUUUUAGCAUAUACAAAUUGUGCCCUCUUACACGAGAGAUAAUUGGCAAAAUCCUUCAACAGUUUUUUUUUUUUCUUUAAAAGAAAAGCACAAAUAUACAAGGAUUAGGAAUAUUUGGUUUGUAGUUAGUAAUUAAUUGCUCAUAUACUAAUGUUGUUCAUUCUCCUGAUCAUUACUCCUAAAUUCUUUCACUAGUGUCACUACUAAUGUGACAUGGUAAGAUAUUAGGAAUUUUUAAAUCCUUAUAGUACUUACUAAAACUCAUUUGAUGAUGAUAUUAGUCCUGUUUGCUUCUUCUUUUUUUUUUUUUUUUUUGGUUGAUAUCGUUCAGUGGUUUCUAGUUAAUUUUUUGUACAAAUUGAAUUGUGUAUGUAUAAUAAGUUUAAGCAAUACGGAUAUGUAGAGAGAUCGUAUACUAUACACCUACAUAACUUAAUAUAUACAAAUCCUACAUCUGACAUAACUGAUAUUUAUGAGUAAUCAUUUUCCAACCCUAAAUCUCUAUAUAAGAAGUUUAUGAGUGUAUACAUUUAUAGAAAUUAAAUUUUCUUUGACAUGCAAGUACAAAAUCCAGAAACUAAUUAACUUGUAAAACAUAUAUUUGCAACAGUUAGAUGUAGAUGUAUGGUCUGUACAGCUAAAUAUUAGUUUCCAAUUUAAGUUAAUUUUAUUUGUUUGUCUAUUUUAACUAAUGAAGCAUUUCUAGUAAAAGUUAGUAAUUGAAUUUCCCGCAAAAGGAAUUGCAUUUUACAUUAAUGAAGUAACACCAUUUUGAUGCACUUACAGUCUAGAACAUGAUGAGUAUCAGAUGUAAUAACAGUCAGUUUCGGUUUUGGAUUUUCUAGCAGGUAUGUACAUAUACAGAAGCUGAUAUAUUCCUUUCAAUAGGGUAAUGAAUUCUGUCAAGUGUUAAUAUAUGGCUGGCUUUUAUUGUUUUGACAACCCCCUCCUCUCUCUCCCUAGCUGGAAACUCCCACUAGAAAUUUGAGCUUGUAUCUUGUUCACAAGUAUUUACUCUAAAUUAAUCUAAAAUACGAGAAAAGAAAUUUGAAUUUUGCAUGCAGAAUGAAGUUCACAAAGUAUUGGAAGUAAUUUAUUUUUAUACACCUUUGUUAAUUUUUCGUAGGUACUAUUUAGCCCUAAACGUACUCCAGUAUUUUAAGCAAGCUCGCCAUUUUUUCGACAUCUAGUUGUUGAUAUAGCUAGAGUCGAUUGGCCUCAUGGCAUUCUAACGUAGUUUAUCUUCCUUUCAGACUUUAUGCGGUAUUGUCAACCGAAAAAAAAAAAAAAAAAUUUAUUAGGAGGGAGGGACUGCUGGAAUCAAGUUUACACAAAAAAAUAUUCCAUCAUUAAUGUUAUCGUACGUAGAGUUUUUAAAGAGAUUUCCAUACUUACACAUGUAUACAUUUGACUCUUUAAUAAAAUCAAGUUUAGA